GCGGAGGAGAAAAGAGGAAGAGGAAUAGAGACCGAAACCGAAACCGAAACGAGAAGCAAAGAAGGACUGACGUUGGAAGAAAUAUCAAAGCUCAGAGCACAAGCGCAGCAAAGGAGUAAUGAGGCGAUAAGGGCUGCUGAAGAGAGGUACACACAGGCUUUGCAAUCGGUGAAGCAAGGGCUGAGCACUGCGGUCGAGCAGGCCUCCGAAAAAGCACAGGCUGCAAAGGACAUUGCCCUAGAAAAGGGUCAGGCUGCAAAGGGAACUGUCCUGGAGAAGGGUCAGACUGCAAAAGAAGUUGUGCUAGAGAAGGGCCAGGCUGCAAAGGAAACUGUCCUCGAGAAGGGUCAUGCUGCAAAAGAAGUUGUCGUGGAGAAGGGACAGCAAGGCGGGGCUGCAGCGAAGGAGGCGGCGGAGAAGGCCAAGGACUACACCCUGCAGAAGGCGGCGGAGGCCAAGGAUGUCACUGUGGAGACCGGCAAAGAGGCUGCGGAGAAGGCGGCGAAGGUGGCAGUAACCGUGAAGGAUAAGGCGACGGCUGCAGGGUGGACCGUGGCGCAUUACUCCACGGAGAAGACGGUGGAGGGGACAAAGGCGGCGGCCAGAGUUGUGAAAGAUGCCGCAGAGUAUGCGGGGCAUAAGGCCGUGGAGAUUGCAAAGAAACCAUUGGUUGCUGCCAAGGAUGUUGCUCUGUCGGCGGGGGAGAGUGCCAAGGAGUAUACUGCUAGGAAGAAGGAAGAGGCACAGAGGCAGUUGGAAGAGAAGCAGGGGGCUGCGGAGAGACAGGAAACGGAGAGUAGUCAUUACGAAGAGAAGAAAGAAGAAAUAGCACCAGCUCAUCAUGAAAAAGAAACAGAAGAGACCAAAGUAGAGAAAGAAUAUGAUCAGAGCACACAAUCAUCUGAUCAUGAUAGUGGGAACAUAAGAAAAGAAGCCUCCAAGUCUAGCAGUACUAGUGUGCUAGGAGCCAUCGGAGAGACACUUGUGGAGAUUGCGCAGACGACAAAGGAUCUCGUCGUUGGGGACGGCGAAAACCGACAGCGGAAACGAGAAACGAGUGAAUCAUGAGUCAAUUGUUGUUGUAUGAAUUAUAACUUAUGGUCCUAAAAGUUGUUUUGGGGUGUUUUUCUUGUUUUGGUUCGAAUAAUCUUGAGUUUUUACCAUGACUCGGGACCACCCUUUGUGUAAUUUAUCUAGCUUGCUCAUGUUAUAAUAGUCCAGUUUGUUAUAUCAUUGAUGCUUUUAUUUCACACCACGCUAUAGUGAUUGUCACGCUCACUAAAGUUUAGCACCACAUUGAGAGGCCAUCACCUCACUUUGGAAUUGCCGAAUCUUCUAGACCGACGGAAAGUAAAAGACAAGUCAACCCCACUCUUCCAACUAAAGCAAAGCAAUUCUCAAGCCAUUAUUGAGCUGAUAUUAUCAACCCAACGAAAAACACGGUUGAUAGUUGGAACAAAACACUGUAGUCUAAGAGCGCGCGCGCGCACACACAAAAACCAUCGGAUGACAUUGUUUUUUU